AUGGAACCUACAGAAGAGAGUGUGGUGUGCUCAAAUGAUCUUGCUGGAGGUCCUAAUGCAAUGACAACAGAGCCGCUAUCCAUGGUCCCACAGAUCACAGACACCACAUCCAUGGUCCCACAGAUCACAGACACCACACCACAAGAGAAAGAGACCAUCGCAAGGGUUGGCAUCUCAUGGAACAUUGUCAGUGGGUUUUCAUUUGAGGCACUGCGCAAGACCUAUAAGACACAUGCACCGACUACUUGGCACCUAUUAUGGAAAUUUGUGGCACCAAAAUCUGUGAAGAAAUGUCGAAGAAUGACAGCACGCGUGUACUAA